CCCAGCCCCAGCCCCGGAGCGACCCGCCCGGGCCGCCCCGCCCCGCCGGCACCAUGAUGGAGGAGAUAGACCGGUUCCAGGUGCCCACCGUGCGCGCCGAGAUGCAGCCGCUGGAUCCAACAGCUGCAUCUAUCUCAGACAGAGACUGCGAUACAAGGGAGGGAGAGACUGUAGCCAUGAACUAUAAACCAUCCCCACUUCAAGUGAAACUAGAGAAGCAGCGGGAGUUAGCUCGUAAGGGUUCCCUGAAGAACGGCAACAUGGGAAGCCCAGUUAAUCAGCAGCCCAAGAAGAACAAUGUGAUGGCUCGAACAAGGCUGGUUGUUCCCAAUAAAGGCUAUUCAUCACUAGAUCAGAGCCCAGAUGAAAAGCCACUGGUAGCACUGGAUACGGACAGCGAUGAUGACUUUGACAUGUCCAGAUAUUCCUCUUCAGGUUAUUCUUCAGCUGAGCAGAUCAACCAAGACUUGAACAUCCAGCUGCUAAAGGAUGGCUAUCGGUUAGAUGAGAUCCCAGACGACGAGGACCUCGACCUAAUCCCCCCUAAAUCAGUCAACCCCACCUGCAUGUGCUGCCAAGCCACCUCCUCCACCGCCUGCCACAUCCAGUAAUGAGGACGGCAGGCUGUGAUCAGUGCUUUCCACUAUAACUGUAAAACUUAACAGCCAUUGCUUCCUCCUAUGGUAGGACGUGCACCUCUUUGUGUUCAUGGAGCCAGGAGAAACCAAAACUCCAUUUUAUGAUUGGUUGAUGAGUUAUUUUAAGCUAUGGUUAACAGACAUGAGCUGCUCCAAGUGCCAGGCUGGAGUCUGGGCAAUUGGCUGGUCUGGAAAGCUAAUACAAAUGGAUCCAGUGAUCCCUGGGUCUGGGCAGGCUCUGGGUAUGAUUUGUAAAGUGUAUGUACUGGAUUGAGAAGGAUCAGAUGUGGCUGCAGUUAAUCCUAUCCGUCAACUGAGUCUAAGAUGUAAGGUCGUCUUUCUAACCCGGGGAAAGGUCAUUUUUUAAUUCAUUCACUGAAACGGAUCAGUUUGUGCCAACCAAAAUUGUACCUGAAUAGGAACAGAGUGGAGUAUUCUAGACUAUGGCAGUGCUGCCGGCAAGGAUCAAUAUACCCUAGAAAUCAGUUACACACAAACCGUACAUGUAGGUGGAAUUUCAUACGGGGUUAAUACCAAACUUUACUUGGACUAUCAUGUCACAGAUCUGAUGUAACCGACUGUUAUUUCCAUUUGAGAUUAGCACCAAACAGAUAAAAUUCUGUCCACAAUCCAUCCAUGCCCCUCCUCAUUCAGUUUACUCCCAGGAGUAAACAUACCAUAUCCAUGAAUUCAGUCCAGUCAUAUUUAUUGGGUUUUGCCUCCAGUGUUUAAGGGGAAUUUUUGGGGCCCAGCUGCUGGCAAAAAUCACAGUCCUUGUCCAUUUAAGUAAAAAAUAUGUGUAUACCUAGGAAGAAUCAUAAUGAUACAGUCUUAAGGUCAAAACCCAAAAAGCAAGUUGAAGAAAGCACAUGGUUUUUACAGUACACAGAGGUUCAUGUUAUCUUGACUUUGAGCCUAUUGAAGAGAUUUACCAACACUGGAUGUCUGUGUAUUUAGUGUUGCCAUAUGUUAGCAGGAUCGGGAAUUUCCAGCAGCGAGAGGAUUGAGCAGGUUCCCAUCAUGAGACGCGCAAGGGAAGCUGCUGUCAUCCCAGCUCUGCCCUCUUCUGAGCCAGCCUUAGCUGGUGUUAGGGCAGUGCUGGAAGUGAAGGAACAGUUGUGUUUGCACAAUGCUGUUCGUGUUCAGGAAACAUGUCUCUAAGAUCAGUAGAUUUACUCCAUCGCCAAUUCAGGUUUGUUUUUAAGGCCAGUGAAUUUCCUGAAUUACGAACCAUAUUGGCCUCCUGAUAUUUCUUUUAAGCUUUUGGUGCAAAAGGUGCCCAAGAGUCAGGUGAAUGUAGGGCCUGCGCUUAUUAUGCCAUCAGAUUAAAUUCCUUGACAUGAAGCAUGACAGCAUAUUCUUCUGCUUCGUCAGGAGAGACAGAAACUACUAACCUUGCUUUCAGUGCUUGCUUCGGGUAUUGGUGAUGAAAAUAUUUGAGGAAAACUAAACCAUUUUUCCAUUUAAACUUCUCCUGGGAAUUCCUUCAUAAUGCAACACAUAUGCUUAAAUUUCACCUUCCUGGAUUAUAAAAUCCUUGUGUGAAAGUUAGAUGCAGUCAACUGAAUCUUUAAAAGGACACUGUCAGCUGCUUUUAAUAGCUUGAAUCAGUGUUGGCUUUUACUCUGUGUAUGGCAAGAUGCAGCAUACUCUAGUGGUCUGAGCACAGGAUUAGAGCACUGGGUUCUAGAGCACCACUCCACCACUCGCUUGUGUGGCCUUGAGCAAACCACUCAAACUGUGUUUUCCCACUCUGUAAAAUGGCAGAGUACUUACCUACCUCACAGGACAUUGUGAGGAUAAGUUGCCAUAGUUUAUAGCACUUUACAUCUAUAAGUGCUAACUGCCCUUUGCAAAUCCUCCAAGACUUCUGGAAACUGAAUAUUUCCCUAUUCAUCUUGCCCUUUUUAAUCACUUGGCAACUAUUGAGGUGGAAGUUUUCCCAAACAUUUCUAGAGAAGCACAAAGCGUCAGCCAUCGUGUGCCCGCUUCAUCUAUGAUGCCAGCAGAAAUGGUGCUCAGCUUUGGGAAUAACUAGGCAGAAGAGGAGCUCCCACAAAACGAUACGUGUAGAGAGAAGAUGGCUUUUGAUUCUUGGGAGUAAUGAGUGGGGAAUGUGGCCAAAUUUUUUUUAAGUCAAAUUUUGUACUAAAAUUAUUUGACAGUGUCCCUUUAAAGGGCUGUAUUAAUAGAGGCUUUCAGACUGCUGACUAAAACUUUAUAAACUGGGACUACAUAGUAUAGUAUUCAUACGAACACCAACAUCAUCAUCAUAGUCAUCCUCUGGGACAGUUUUCAUCACAUCAAACACAGCUGCUCAAACUUUGCCCAGCUGGGAGCAUUGCCUGUUAGGGGUCUGGUGCCCCUAGUUGGUAUUUAACUACAAUGGCAUGGCCUGUGCCAGACUACAGGUCCCAGCAUGCAAAGCCUCUGUGCUUAUACCUAGCGUGUCCUGGUAUGCAGAUCAAGAUGGAGCACUCCAUGCUGGGAUUAAUAGUCUUCAUAGGCUGCCCCACCAUAUUAAAGAAGAGACCUCACUUGCUGAUGUGCUGACUAUUGCCCCAAGUUAGCAGGAACAAAUGCUUUUAUUUCUUCUCGUUUACAUUUUUUUCGGCCUCCUGCCCCAAAUGCAUUAUUUUAAUAGCCCACUCCACUCCACCCCCUGCAGGCACACACCACCUUUUGGGCUGUGAAAUAAACACAUGCUUCCAGUUUACCCCUUUAGGAUCUGGGUGAGAGAGAUGCUCAGUGUUUGGGGAAGAUAGGGAGGUGAAGACUAUGUUUAAAUAUUAAUGACACUACAAGUACUUUCAUGGUAUCUACAAACCAUUCUCCAUGAUGGGCGCUUUCUGCAGUUGUAAGGAAAUGCCAUGCUGAGUUUGUUUCAUUCCCCAUUCACAGAGGGGUUUGGUUGCACAAACAGCUCUCUUGGCAUGAUCAGUGCAAAUCCAUAAAAUGGAAACUUUUGGCUUCUCCUCACUCUGUGCUUUGUGUCCAUGUAUUUCACCAGGGGGAUAAACUAGACGGGGUAGAAAGAAAAGCAGUUAUCAAUGUAGGGUUGGAUUCAGGAAAUGCAUUGAGAAAAUGCAUGUGGCUAUUACAGAAAGUUGACCAAUAAUCCUGCUCCACUAUGGCUUGUCAUGCAGAAUAUGAACUUCUUGUUGUUUAAAAAAAAAGAGAAGGACUCUGUUGGGAGGUUGGGGAGGGGUAUUAAUCUUAAAAAUGGCUAGUUAAGCCUGGCUCUCCCUGCAUGGCCUCAUGUCCCAGCCUUUGAUUCAGUGGGUGGCUUCUCUUGCCUCAUGCCAAUCAAACGAGUAUAUUAAACUGUACCAACAGUCCCUGGCAAUGUACGUGGAGAUUCUGUAGCACUGUUUCUCAGCCCCAGGAGACGAGGGAAGAAAAGGGAGGAUGUCUCUCACUUUCCACUUCAGCUGGAGAACACAUUUAUAAAACUGCCAGAGUGUUCUCAUAGAAUCAUAGAAUAUCAGGGUUGGAAGAGACCUCAGGAGGUCAUCUAGAUGCCUCUAAAAUCAAAGCAGGACCAAUUCCCAACUAAAUCAUCCCAGCCAGGGCUUUGUCAAGCCUCACCUUAAAAACCUCUAAGGAAGGAGAUUCAACCACCUCCGUAGAUAACCCAUUCCAGUGCUUCACCACCCUCCUAGUGAAAAAGUUUUUCCUGAUGUCGAACCUAAACCUCCCCCACUGCAACAUGAGACCAUUACUCCUUGUUCUGUCAUCAGCUACCACUGAGAACAGUCUGGAUCGAUGCUCUUUGGAACCCCUCUUCAGGUAGUUGAAGGCUGCUAUCAAAUCCCCCCUCAUUCUUCUCUUCUGCAGACUAAACAUUCCCAGUUCCCUCAGCCUCUUCUCAAAAGUCAUGUGCUACAGCCCCCUAAUCAUUUUUGUUGCCCUCCGCUGGACUCUCUCCAAUUUUUCCACAUCCUUGUAGUGUGCAGCCCAAAACUGAACACAGUACUCCAGUUGAGGCUUCACCAAUGUCAAGUAGAGGGGAAUGAUCACGUCCCUCAAUCUGCUGGCAAUGCCCCUUGUCAGCAGACUGCUUGAAGCAGAGCACUUGAUAUCCCAAUAUAUCCCUUAUUUCAAGGUGACUGUAGUCACACUAAGCCACGUGGCGUUCUCAAGAAGAGCCUUUCUUUGUCAAAAGUUCCAUCUUCCAACCCCAAACUCUCAAGGGCCACAUUACAACUCCGCAUAGGGCGAAGGCCUGUGUCACCAUUAGCUGAAAUUAUCAUGCAGAUGCUGUUUGCCUGACAAUUUGGAAAAUGUUCUUAUAUUGACUCUUGGGCCCCACAAAUUUAUGUCCACUUGAUGCCUCUAAAAUCAAAGCCCUUCUGUUUGAUGCAUAUUAGGGUUCUUAAUUUUAGUCAUCAUAAAAUGAUGGAAUUUAAUCACAUCCCUUCCUGUCUGUCUGGUGUUAACUUUCAUAUUGACUUUAGUAUGCGAGGCCUCAGCGUACAGAUUUGGCUCGCCAUCUGGGAUGAAGACUGCCCUGUUUCCAAAGAUUAACACCAGAAAUAGUUCAUUCCCCUGUACGUCCACUAAUGUUAUAUACGCCACCAUGUACCAGCAAUGCCCCUCUGCUAUGUACAUCGGCCAAACUGGACAGUCCCUAUGUAAAAGGAUAAAUGGACACAAGUCAGAUAUUCAAAAUGGAAAUAUACAAAAACCUGUCCAAAAUAUACAAUAUACAAAAACCUGUAGGAGAAUACUUCAACCUCCCUGGCCACACAAUAGCAGAUGUAAAGGUAGCCAUCCUACAGCAAAAAAACUUCCGGACCAGACUUCAAAGAGAAACUGCUGAACUUCAGUUCAUCUGCAAAUUUGACAGCAUCAGAUCAGAAUUAAAGACUGUAAAUGGCUAGCCAACUACAAAAGCAGUUUCUCCUCCCUUGGUGUUCACACCUCAACUGCUAGAAGAGGGCCUCACCCUCCUUGAUUGAACUAACCUCGUUAUCUCCAGCCUGAUUCUUGCCUGCAUAUUUAUACCUGCCUCUGGAAAUUUCCACUACAUGCAUCUGACGAAGUGGGUAUUCACCCAUGAAAGCUCAUGCUCCAAAACAUCUGUUAGUCUAUAAGGUGCCACAGGACUCUGUUGCUUUUUACCAUAAAUAGGGAAUCUCUAUAUUUUUGCCUCACUGGGAUGGGCAAGUGACAGUCCCCAAGUGGCAGAAAAAAAAAAGAAGCCGCGAUCGCGAUCGGUGGCAGCUCCACUGUGCCUCUUUCUUCUUCGGCGGCAGUUCGGCUGCACGUCCUUCCCUCCGAGAGGGACCGAGGGACCCGCCACCGAAGAGCCAGACGUGCCACCCCUUCCCCUGGGCCGCCCCAAGCAUCUGCUUGCUGCGCUGGUGCCUGGAGCCGGCCCUGCUCACAAGCUUCUCAACCACUGUGCUAACUUAGCAAUGCACACUGGAUAAUGGAGCAGAGGGGGCUUCCUGGUCCACUAGCCAGUAGCCCUGCUUUAGUCCUCCUGGUGCCCUUUUUCCAUGUUGCAGGUACAUGUACGGAACUCUUUUGAAGGAAGGAAGCUUGAUGUCAUCUAACUAGGCCCCUGGCCUUAAACUUGUCUGAAGAGAUGUUUUCCCAGCUAUGAAGCCAAUCCUCAAGAAGGGAGAGCCUGCUGAGUCCUUCUCUGCAAUAUGUUGCUUACCGCAUUACUUACCUGGAUUGAAUUUUAGAUGUUGUAUCCUUCAGCUAGGCUCUUCUCUGUAAUCUUUUCCUCUGCCCUUCCUGCCAGCUUAUUUAUUCUAUCAGACCAUGUGCCUUUGGGUCUGAUGUGCUACUUUGGGUGUCUUGUCUGUGCCUGCCUAGAAUCUGAAAAAAUAGCUGGGAUGGAGCAGGGGUAGCAAUGAAGCAGUGUCCCCACUGACUGGACUUGCCAGAACAGGCCUGGGCUAGUCAGGCUUACUCACACGCAAGGUAGGCCAUACUGCUUCUCUUCAGCUUCGGUAUCUGCCCUCCAACUCCCCUAUCUCAGAGGGGGUGUUGGCUUCUCUUCGGCUGCAUCCCAUCUUGCAUCUUCAUAGCUUCGUUGCUCCCCAGAAUCUUUGUGUUGUGGUGGUUGUGGCACCUGUUCUUAGGCCUCAUUGCAGCCAGUGCAAAGGAGUCUGAGAGGUUUGAUAAAUAAGCUGCCUGCUUUUCAUGACGGAGCAGAAACGGGGAAAAGGCUUUUGAAAGAGGACAGGACCCAGAUGAACGCCAGGUGGGAGGAGAAAAGGAGGCAGUGACUGGGGGUGCUGCCAAGUGCCUUCUUAGCUUAGGGCAGGUCCUGGUUGUCCAGCCCAAUCUGCUUCAGUAAGGUGCUGUUACAAGCAGGAUGCAAAUCUUGUUUGCUGCGCUCCCACCGGAAACCAACCCAAAAGCCAACAGGGGAUGAAAGAUGCUAACUGCAGAAAAUCCACUAAUAAUCUCAGUCAGCAGAGUGGUGUCCUUGUUAAAGCACAUGCCUGGCCUCUGCUACACACUUGCUGUGACCUUGCCUCUGUCCAGGGCUAUAAUUCUGGCUCACAGGGGUGGUGAGGCUGCAUUUAUCAUUGGCAGAUGCUUUGGGAUCCUUUGACGAAAGGUGCUAGAGGUGACGGGUGAAUAAAAUGAAAAAACUACAUUUAAAACUGUCAGAUUUCUUUUAAAAAUCCAAAUCCACAAAGAGCAGCGGUGCAGCUCCCCCUCCCUUGAUGUAGCGGCGUCUGAUGCUGCACCGUGCCAGAAGGCCUUAGGGUGGAGGCUAGUGGAGAUAAAACCACACUGGGGAGAGCCGUUUGGCAGGGGUGCCUUUCCUAGAUAUGCAGCAGCUGGCACUCAUGCAGCUGGCUGCCCAGGCCUUGGCUACUGCUGCUCCAGCUGUGUGGAGUGUCUGAGCAUGUCUGAGAGCCCAGCCGCGCUGUCCAUCAUCAGCAGGAUGAAGGCGCUGAAGAGCGCAGGUGGAUGUACAGGCGUGGGAGAGAGCAAGUUGCAUUAAUUGACUAAAUGGUGGAAAUGAGCAACUUGGCAGUGGAUCUGACGUGUGAGGGAGUUUCCGUGGGACGCUUCCUGUGCAGGGUUUUCUGUGCACGUAACAAUUUAAGGUAUAAAUUAAACCUUUCCUCUCUCUCUUGGCUUUCAGGCUGUCUCUCUCUCUGGGCCCUCCCUUCACCUUCCAUUCUUCCUCCAAGCCCGCACUGAAUAUGGCUGCUACUAUGCAGAAUUCAAUUUGCCUUGUCAUCUGAGCAUUGCUUGACUCAGCACACAUGGGCCAUCGCCGUAUGCCCAGCAUUUGAAUCAAAGUUAACUUGUCCUUGCUCCACCCUUGACUUCCCUUCAGAGCUGACACCAGGAUUCACAAGUGCUCUUUUCUUUCUCCUGAUCUUGGCCCCUGUAUAAAUAGAAGAAUGUAUGGAGAUGCCCAGGCAGUAGUUUAGAUUGUUGUGACAUAGGAGCCUAGUGGAGGGUAGGUUUCAGAGUAGCAGCCGUGUUAGUCUGUAUCCGCAAAAAGAACAGGAGGACUUGUGGCACCUUAGAGACUAACAAAUGUAUUUGAGCAUAAGCUUUCGUGGGCUACAGCCCACUUCAUCGGAUGCGUAGAAUGGAGGGUAGUAACUGUAAAGUCUGCUGUGGAGCGGGUGUGCUGUGGUACAUUACAAGCUGUCACAGUGCUGAGUUCACAACUCCUAUCAAAGUCAGUCAGUUGCUGGUGCUCAGGAUUGGUCCCUUUCUGCCUGUGUGGAGAGUGUAGUGGCACUGGGAGAUAGCGACUGUGCUGCUCAGCUUUGCUGAAAGCAUGGCUUCUUUCUCACUUUCACUCCACAGUUCCCUGUCUCUGAGGGUUUGCUUCAGACGUUGAACUGCAUCUCAUCAGACAAGCCGGCCUCUGUUACCAGAACCGUGAAGGUGAGCAUGGCAGGGACAGCGUUCAUACCUAAACAAAUCCAGACCCAGAAAGGCCAGUGACAGCCUAAAAGUGCUAUGAACUGGAACAGUACAACAAACUAACACAUAAGCAUCUCAGACAGACAGGAUACAAGCAUCUGUUCUUUUCUGUGAGGCUCAGUGUUUGCAGCUGGUAGAAGCUGGCACCUGACGCUCAGGCAUUAAGCCCAUUCCUUUGUGUUGUACAGCAUAAGUUCCAGCGAUAAAUACAGUUUCCAAAAACUUUGAAACCACAUCUCUGUGAGGAGUUGUGUUGCCACCUGCCCUGCGAUGCUGAGUGCCUUCAAAGAUGUGCUACUGUGUUUGACAGCUCUGAUCCCAACAGUCAGCCUACAAGCAUGCAGGUCAUAACCUGGCUUCCCGUGCCCAGUUACGUUUCACAGGGUGACCCCAACACCCUCCAGUCCCAAAUUUUUACUCAAAUCAUCUACCCUGUAGUAUCCACUACACCAGUGUGACAAUCUGCUGAGGUCCCCAGAAUUAUGAGUUACUGUUUUACUCUUCUUAGCCUCCACAAGUCUGAGUCUGCCUAUUGCUAAGCUUUGUAGCAACUCCUGACACCCCAGCUUGUCUGCCCUGCCAGCAAACUCUUCAGGACUCUGCCAGUCCAAACCUGGCCUUGCAGGUAACAACAGCGAACCCUGGCUCCCAAGUUCCCCAGAGACGUUCCCCUACAGUGUCCAGCCCUCUCGCUGGAGACACAGAUGUUAUUGUUCAUUGCUCCUUUAACGAGCAGGCGAUCGAUUUAACUGGGGUUUCACAAAUACUCUCCUUUCAAUCACAGCACUGAAUUGGAUUUCUGGUAGAAGUAAAACACGUUUCUUAAACAAAAAGUCAGGGGGUUAAGUGUUACAAGCAAGCAAAAGCAAAAAUAUGCUUCUGAGACUAAAACUUGACUUCAGCAAGUUACAGCCCUUCCCUAAGCAGGUUUCUCGGGGACUUCAGCUGCUUUGGUUGAAGGAUCCAACAUUCUGUGAUGGCUUCCAGGAUGGCUUCCUGUUUCUGCUGCUUUCUCCCAGAAUUCAUUGACCCUGUUGCAAGAGCUGGGAAGGAUCCAUGCUGGUCUUCCCUUCCAGUUGACUUCCCAUCCCCCCGCUGAUUCGAAUGUAAAUAGGGCUUACAUUGUUUCGAUUCUAUAAUACUUAAUUUGCAUUGGAGACAGGCAGAAACCUUCUCUCCUGUCUGGGAGAAAACCUGUUUCUCCCUGUGUUUGGUCCCAGACUUUAAAGGAUAAUGGCAAUGAAUAUCCAUAAUUCCUCAUGUAGUGCUAAUGAAUACAUUUCACACUGAUAUUCAGCACCAGUGUGUCACAGGCUUUCCUAAAAGAUUUUGCUUGCUACACUUUUACAAUACAAUGAUAUUAUACCCAAUCAGUUCCUUCAAUUACUUAUUGUUUGAAGUUCACACACCCUGUCUUUAUAGCCCCAGUAGAUCUUUGAAAUGUGUUCUUUGAAAAGUCAGCCCACCCUAGCUUCUGUCUCCUGCUGCGGUGCAGAUGCCAGGCUGUCAUUCCACAGUUCAUUCAUGCUGCUUCAAGAGGCAGGAAGGCUUCCUGGAGGGUGCUGUCUCAACCCCAUGUUGAGAUUGUUAACUGUCAUCUUGUCGCACUUGCUCUCCUGAGGGCUUUAUUUACCUUGUCUGUAAAUGUCCUUUUCCUUGUCUUUGGUCACACCUUGCCUAAAUUACAUUGGAGACACAGUCAAGCAAGUGGAACCACAUUCUUUUGUCCGGAACAGGCGUGCAAACACUGCAGGCCAAAUCCAUGUUCAGAACGCUUUUGCAGCACAGUGUCUGUAAAGUCCUUUUUGGAUUUACUGGGCAUACACCACACAGUGAUUUUCAGGACCAGCAUGUUACCAGGUUGUAUACUUAGAUGUCACCUUUUAGAUACAGAUUAUGACAACAAUGUGUUAGGUGUGGUGAGUUUGUCAGGCCUGACACACACAGCUGACACAGAGUAUUGAACCACCCUUGGGCCUGGGUGUCAACGUCUCUCCUCUGCACCCAUAUCUGUGGUAUCUCGGAGUCUGUGACAUCCAUCGGACAGCAGCACCCGAACUGUGUCCAACUGAGAACGUCGCUGGCUGCUUGCUGGGAGGCCAAAGGCCUGCCAGCUGAUUGGGAUUAAAUGAAGGAGAUUGCAAUGGCCUGUGCAGACUGCAGGGACCCAGCAUGAGUCAAACUAAAGAGCAGCGCAUUGGGCUGGAAUGUUGCACUCGGGGACUUCUGGGAUUUCCCGGGAGUCGAACUUUUGUAUGAAAGGGAAGGUAGUCAUGGGACACCAUGUAGAACACCGCGACUUUGGGAGCUGCAGGCUGCUCCUUUUGGCCACCUUCCCAUCAACGUGUGUUGCAGCCUUCCCCUGGCAAUUGCUUCCAGGAUCUUCCAAAUCCAGUGCGAUUUGCCAGUGGGAGAUAGUGACGGUCUGAUUCCAUAUUUUCCUCUAGUGACGUGCCUUAGUGAAAGAUGGGUUUGCGUUUGGGAACAAGAGUGUCUUGCUGAUUGUCCCUUGUCUGUGACGCAGCUAUUUCCAUAGUAACAAAUUAUGAUCUAAGCAGUGGAAUUACAUCAAGCGAGGGGAAGGUAUAAUGCAGUUUUCAUUGUAAUGCAGCUGUCUCAGACAUGUCACUGGAAACCACCGCAACAGGCACCAGAAAAACAAAAGCACCCAGGAGGUGCGGCAGUGAGAUAAGUCCCAUUCCCUGUAGGGAUGUUUGUUCCCAGAGUUGCAUUUUCUUCCCUGGUUACUCACUUGAUUCUGCUCUUUCUUGGUAUUGUGUUGUUCUGAUGCCCAGACUGUAUUUAACAAGAAUUCCUGCUCUCUAUCCAGUUACAUCAGGCCCCCUACUCCUUCCAAAAGGGUAAAGGAAUCAAUUUUUACCAGUUACUUUCCAACUGAUGUGCAUAUGGGCUUUUAGCAUCCCCCACCUCCCAGCUGUCUCUGCUCAACCUGUUGCAAAUUACUUGUAUUUGAAAAGCUCAGACAGAUAAUGGCCCAGGUGCAUUGACAUCUAAUACCUUGGGGGUGUAGCCAGUCCUGGCAGUUGGCUACACCAGGACUAAUCAAAGUGGGCAUUUGGCCAGAGGGAGAGCCUACAAACUAAUUGACGGCAGAGUGACAGGACCCAGUUUUGAUUUCUGUCCAACAAACUCAGUUGGGAUGUCUCCUGUGUAAUGUGUUCUGACGGUUACGAAGACUCACUGAAAAUCGGUGUCUCUCGUCCAUGGAGUAGGCCAGAGUCACCACUGGCUUUAUAGAAGCAGAGGAUCCAAUCGAAAUACAAUGCAUAAAAGGGCUUGAGUUUCAGGCUGGUGGUUCUUUCAUGUCUGACUUCUCCAUGUGUAAAAGAAGCACAGCAUUAAAACAAACCCUGCUCACCUCUCCCAUGAAAGGCCCUGCAGCCAGUUGGCUCAGCAUUCAGAGUUCGUGCUCUGCAUUAGAUGGAUCCAACCUUCAAAGUUAUGACCCAGAUCCAGACUUCUCAGAGUUCAGGGAGAUUUGGUGUGGGCUCAUGUCUAUUUUCUUGUAAUAACGAAUUUCUCUCUAUGAAGGCGGUGGGAAAAAUGGACGUUGGAUUACAAGCUGUUGUCAUCCUUCCUUCACGCUAAGGUUUUUCCUCUGCAGGGGAGAUGUUUCCUACUCAUUUUCCCCUUUCCUUUCAGCCCCAAAGGCUGAGUCAUGAGAACACACUUUGGGCAGAAGAGACGUACAUCUCUCCCUUCCAAGCUGUUCAUGGAGUAAAUCCGAGAUGUCACUAGAGUGACACAAGGAGCUUCCUCCCCUGGGUACUGUGUCCUAUCCAGCUUCCCCAGGUGGCCCAGGCCUUGCCGGCUCAUGAGCAAAGUCCCAAAUGCAGGUUCCAAACAGGACUUAGCUAACAUGUGCAGAGGCUUAAAGAAUCAAACUAAGCAACUAAUAUUGGCAGCUGGCUUCUACCUGACAUCAAGGCCUUACAUUCCUCCAGUCACAGAUGAGGUUACUUUUCUGCGGCGUAGCAGCCACAGCUCUGAAAUGCUGAUUUUAAUUGAGACCUUAAAUUAAAUGCACAAAAAGCCUUUCAACUUUUAGGACGUUGCUGUGCAAAUGAGGAGUGUUGCUUUCUCUUAAGCAAUACUAGAGACAGAUCUGAACCAGAGCACAGGAUCCAAGCCCUUUAGACUCAGGGGAUGUUUGACCGCAUAUCUGAACUCCAGGACUCAGGCCCACCUCUCACUGUAGUAUGGGUGGUAUUCACAUGGAUUCGUAGGUCCCAUGAUGGAGAUGCAUAGUGAAUGGUCAACCAAUUAGCCACUAGCUAUGCUAUGUCAUAUCCCAUCUUGAUGUGCCCUGCAAGGAAAGCAGACUUCCUGAUAAGGUUGUUGUUUUAUAUUUAGAAGGCUCUCAUGAAAAUUCUUAAGUGUCUAUAAAGGGGAAGAAGUGGAAAGUUUUUUUGCACAUUUUUAACCAGUUUUACUCCUUCUGCAGGGGUUACUGAGCCUUUUAAAGAAGGAAAUGAACCGCCAUUUUAAUAGCAUUCUAAAGGAUUCUGAAAGCAGAAGUCAUCUUGCAUGCAACGUCGUUCUGUGGGGUAACAUGCUACUUUCAAAUCUCAUUGUACAUACUGUAGAUGAGUCACCUUGUGCUCUGUGUAGGGGUGGGGGCAGGAGAUACGAUGCUGACCAUCAUGUCAAACAACUACAGCUUCCCAAAACCAGAGAUUCAGACAAGGACGGGGGUGGGAGGGGAGCAACUGUAAAAGUAUAACUAGUUGUAACAGGUAAACUUUGGUAUCCGUGUCCAGUGGUUAGCUCUAGAUUUGCAAGCCUUGUUAUGUUGCACACACCCUCCAUUCACACCUGUCAUCAUCUUCUUCAUAUGAACUAGUGAUGAAUGACGUAGAUUGUUGUGUCCGAAUGACUCUCAGACCAGUUCUGCCCCCUUUCCCACCCAAAUCCAAGACAGCAAAGAUAGUUGAGCAACAAAAAAUUGUUGACCAUCACUAGUUUUAGUUUAUUCAUUGGGUUUUUUUCUCCCCUCUAUUUUUAAGCUUCUUUAUCUGAACACACGCAUAUAUAUAAGUGAUCAUACUCUUCAAAUACUUUAAAGGGGUUGCGUAGAAGUCGCUUGCCAUCUUUCAAAAGGCCCACCGGCACCUUGCAGCCAUGCACCUAACUAGAAAUGUAUUUGGUUGAUAUAGGUGAGAUCUGGCAUUGCCCUUCUUGCAUACACUACAGUUAACAAGGAUCCACGCAUAGAAGCUGGCAGAAAGUGGCUUCUGUGCCUUUUUAUUUUGGGGAGGUAGAGGGGAAUUUUUUUGCACUAAGAUUAUUUGUUAACCUCAAAAUGGUCAACUUGCAGGAUUUAUUAAUACCCAGGAUUAAUCCGAUGUUGUGGAGUCCUACCCAGCUAGGUGUGUAGGCUUUGCAGUCAUCAAAAUGGCAAAUACCUUGGCUGUAUCUGUACAAUGGGUCACAGAGUACAGUGGUUCGUAGUGAUUUUUUUUUCCUUCUGUGAAAUUAAACAGGCCUCUGCUUUCAGCUGUGUUGUAUUGAUCUCCAUUGUUUAUGAGGAUAGAAGCACAGGAGAGCUAAACUCUUUACUGUGUCUAGACCCAUCCUGAGGGUAAACCUUGUGUUCUGCAUUAAAAACCGUGUCAAAGCAUUGCCAAGAUAUCAAUUUGAAGUCUGAGACAGCAGAAGAUGUUAGUGGGUCAUUGGAAUUGAGUUCUUUUUUGGAUCAGUUACGUGGAAUUUCCUUCUCGUGGAGAGAACUCCUGACCUCUCCGUUGGUCUCAGACCAAGAGAUGAAUUUCUAUCCCAGUCUGGCUCUCGGGUGUAGUGAAAUGUAGCUGAAACUGUCAAAUAUAAAAUGGCAUUAAGUAUAGGGUUCAGCCUAACCAAUCAUUUAAUUAGGAAGAAGAGAUGAUUUUCAUAGCUUGGCCUUGUUCCACAUUAAGAAACUGCUAGUCAUUUGACACAGCCAGGCAUAUUAAUGCCAUGCUUCACUUGUCAAUUUCGUUUCUUUCUAAUUUUGGUUUAUUUCCACUCUGGACGUGUCAGCCCGUAUCUUCUAAAGAUUGGGUUUUAAUUUUCCUUUCCUGUUCAGAACCUGUAGCACACUGGUGUAUUUCCACUCCCGUCUGUGUAGAGUAUUGCCUUAAACAGAUCCGUUGUGUUGUGGUUUGUUUUGUUUUUUUACAGUCAGUUUUAUGCAUUAAUUUAUUUUCAAAUGUGUUUUUUGGAAAACAUGAAACAUGUAUAAUAUUUUUUUAACAUUUCCAUUGCAGUAUUUAUCAUUGUUACUGGUUGUGUGUAGUGUAACAGAAUUAACGAUAUUAAAAAGCAUACAUAUGAAA